AUGCCGGAGAUCACCAUCGAGGAGGUGGAGGGCGAUGCCGCGCAGGCCGUGGACCUUCUCUCCGACUCCCACUGGCGCGAUCUCGCCCCCCUGCCCUACCCACCCCUCCCCCAGCCGGUGGUGGAGAUAGACAUGGAUGAGGAGACGGCGCUCCUCAUGGGCAGGUUCUGGGCCGUCAAGACCGCUGGGGAGCUGAGCGAGCGCGCGGUGGCGCUGACAGAGCACAUCAUUCUGCACAUCAACGGCGCGCACUACACUGUGUGGGAGUGGCGCUGGCGCUGCGUGCUGGCCCUGCGCGGCAAGGAGGUCGGCGAUGUGGAGGAGUCGGGGUCCCCGCCCGGCGUCGCAGACACCACUCCCUGGCCCUCCGCCAGCGGAUUUCCCACCGCCAGCCCCGCCCCCGCGCUGGAGGCCGAGCGCGAGCUGCAUGCGGCCCUGGCCUUCACGGGGGCCUGCCUGGCCCUGGACGCCAAGAACUACCACGCCUGGGCACACCGCCAGGCGGUGGUUGCCGCGGCCUGGGAGGAGAGCGUGGCGCGGGCGGAGCUGGAGGCCACGCGCCAGCUGCUGGGCGAGGACCCGCGCAACAACUCGGCCUGGUCAUACCGUAUAGAGAUGGACCUGGUGCGCAACGCUGUGCACGCUGUGCCUUCCAGCCAGAGCGCGUGGGCCUACGCCCUGGGCCUGCGCCCGCUGGUCCCCGCCGGGGCGCUGAAUCAAGGGAUCGCGGCGCUGGCCAGGCAGGUGCUGGGGGCCGCGCCAUGGAGCCUGGCCGCGCUGCGUGCGCUCCGCCGUGCCGAGGGCCCCUGA